GAGAUGCACACGCAGCUUCAGAGCUGGCUAAGGGGAGCGCACUGAAGAGGCAUUUUCGGUGGAUAAUACUGACUCAUCUAAUCAAAUAUUUGAUUUGAAACACGACGUAAAUAUUUUAGAAGCCCUAGAAGUAAAUAAUAUUAGUGGAAAUAAAACAAAAUGCAGAGUUUAUAAGCACAGAAACUGAGUUGUACUUGAAGAAUAAAACAAACUUUGAAGGAGAGUAUAUUUUUACUGUUUUUCAACAAUGGAUUACUCACAGAUGCUUCAUCGGACCGCGAUGGCACCGCUAUUGAAACGAGUGAGAACGAAGGAACCCCAUGGAGGAUCCUCCAAACAUGUUUGAGGGUCUGAGGAUGGUGGUGUUGGGUAAUGUCGGUGCUGGAAAAAGUUCAACAGGCAAUGCAAUAUUAGGAAGAGAAGCUUUCAGAGAGACUGAAACCACAGAGUGUGAGAUACAGAGAGGAAGAGUGGAGAACAGAAACAUCUCAGUCAUCGAUACUCCAGCAAUCAACACCACAACUCUCAGUACAGACCAGCUGAAGACUGAAAUAGAAAGGUGUCUCUCACUGUCUUCUCCUGGUCCUCAUGUGUUCCUGCUGGUGGUCACAGUAGAGAGAUUCACAGAAGCUGAGAAGAACACUGUGAAGUGGAUUCAGGAGAACUUUGGAGAAGAAUCUCUGAAGUUCACCAUGGUGCUCUUCACUGGAAAAGAAGAAAUGACAAACAGACAAAGGAUGAACUUUUCUCAGGAUGCUAAGAUGCUUGAACUGACUAGUAACUGUGGAGCUGGUUAUUAUGUGAUGAACAGUAAGAAAGAGAUGAAUCCAGCUCAAAUCACGAAGUUCCUGGAGAAGAUUGAGACCAUGGUCCAACAGAACGGGGCUCAGUAUUACACUCAUGCAAUGUAUGAGGCGGUCCAGAGAAAGAGAAUGUUACAAGAAGAAGUGCAAAAGAAAAAAAGGGAGGAAAGAAAAAGAGAAGUACAAGAGAGCUACAAUCAAAAAUGGGAGCAACAAGGAGGACUGAAAGGAAAACAGGAGAGAGGCAAGGAUGAGAGGAGACCAGUUAUGGAGGAGACAAAAACAGAAGAGGAACUUAAACAGAGUACAGAAGAAAUUCAUACAGCGAGCACAAGAGACGAUAAAGCUGAGAGCAAAGCAGAGCAUCUAGAAAAUGGAGGACGAUUUUUAGAUGAUCCAGAUGCUUCUUUACGGAUUGUGCUGGUGGGUAAAACUGGAGCAGGAAAGAGUGCAACAGGAAACACCAUCCUGGGCAGAGAAGCCUUUUUGGCACUAAUGUCACCUGAGUCUGUCAGCAGGAAGUGUGAGAGACAUGAAGGAACAGUUGAGGGCAGGAAGAUCUCAGUGAUCGACACUCCAGGACUCUGUGAUACAUCACUGACUGGAGAAGCUCUGAAAGCUGAAAUAGAGAGGUGUGUCUACAUGUCACUUCCUGGUCCUCAUGUGUUCCUGCUGGUGGUCAGACUGGAUGUGAGAUUCACUGAAGAGGAGAGAAACGCUGUAGAGUGGAUUCAAAAGAACUUUGGAGAAGAAGCUUCAAAGCACACCGUCAUACUGUUUACUCAUGUAGACCAGAUGAAGGUGUCCAUAGAGCAGUAUAUGAAUCGAAGUAAUCACUUAGAAUGUCUUGUACAGAAAUGUGAGGACAGAUACCAUUCAUUUAAUAAUGAAGACAUGCAGAACCGCUCUCAGGUCUCAGAGCUGAUUGAGAAGAUAGAUGCCUUAUGUGGGACACAUUACACUAAUGAGAUGUAUGAAAGGGCUCAGGAGAAUCUUAGAGAACAGGAGGAGAGAAGGAAAGAAGAGGAGGAGAGAAAGAAAAAGGAGGAGGAGGAAAAGAUUCGGGAGGAAGAGAGAAUUCAGUUUGAGAAAGAGAAACUGGAAAUGGAGAAGCAGCAUAGAAGAUUACAGGAGGAAAUGGAGGAGCAGCAUAGAAGAUUACAGGAGGAAAUGGAGGAGCAGCAUAGAAUAUUACAGGAGGAAAUGGAGGAGCGUAGAAGAUUACAGGAGAAAAUGGAGGAGCAGCAUAAAAGAUUACAGGAGGAAAUGGAGGAGCGUAGAAGAUUACAGGAGGAAAUGGAGGAGCAUCAUAGAAGAUUACAGGAGGAAAUGGAGGAGCGUAGAAGAUUACAGGAGGAAAUGGAGGAGCAGCAUAGAAGAUUACAGGAGGAAAUGGAGGAGCGUAGAAGAUUACAGGAGGAAAUGGAGGAGCAGCAUAGAAGAUUACAGGAGGAAAUGGAGGAGCGUAGAAGAUUACAGGAGGAAAUGGAGGAGCGUAGAAGAUUACAGGAGGAAAUGGAGGAGCAGCGUAGAAGAUUACAGGAGGAAAUGGAGGAGCGUAGAAGAUUACAGGAGGAAAUGGAGGAGCAGCGUAGAAGAUUACAGGAGGAAAUGGAGGAGCGUAGAAGAUUACAGGAGGAAAUGGAGGAGCAGCGUAGAAGAUUACAGGAGGAAUUGGAGGAGCAGCGUAGAAGAUUACAGGAGGAAAUGGAGGAGCGUAGAAGAUCACAGGAGGAAAUGGAGGAGCGUAGAAGAUUACAGGAGGAAAUGGAGGAGCAGCAUAGCACAUCACAGGAAGAUUUAAAUAGAAGGGAGACAGAAGUAAAUAAUGUCACAGAAUCUGCUGUUUCAGGACCUGUCAUAGGAGCAGGGGCAGGACUAGCUGUUGGAGGUGUUGCAGCAGGAGUAGGGGUAACAGUAGCAGCAGAAGUUGCUUUAGUGGUUGUUGCAGCACCUCUUGUACUUUUCCCUGUUGUAGGUGCAGGAAUUGGUUGGCUCCUUACUAAGAAGAGCCAACCCAGAGAAGAGGAUACACAGCCUUUAUUAAAUUCCAAGACAGAGCUGUCUGAAGCAACACCAGAGCCAUCCCAAGACUAGCUCUGGACUUUACUAGUACCAGCAUGAUAAAUUCAGACAUUGUCCAUUGUACUGAGCAGCGGUAUUCAACUAAAACUAGCAAUAGUCCAUUUACAUCAA